AGAGAGAGAGAGAGACACAGCAGAGUGUUCCCUGUGUUCAGUAGUGAUGAGUGGAGGUUAAGGACGUCUCUCUCUAAAUGAAUGUGUCACUCAAAGUGAACAUUUAACAGCAAGCAGCAGCAGGAUCAUUUGGACAGAGACUCCAGCAGGACAUGCAGACACAUGCUGGGACACACCGAGGGAACUUAAACCACACUUAAAGAACAUUUUACACCAGGACACAAAAUGAGACUGUCACCCAUCGUCCUAUGACAAGAAACACGCCGGGGACGGACAACAGGAAAGAGGGACAGAAUAAGGACAGAAAGGACAGUGGUGGAUCUGUGAUGACUUUCACUUCCAACCUGCCUGGAGAGAGACUGGAAGGAUAAAGCAAAGAAAGAAAGAGUCAGGAACAUCAGCACACUAUCCUGCACAAAGACACAUCUCAGAGAGCCAUGAGUGUCCUCAAUCUGAAGCGCUUUCUUCUGGCCCUGCUGACCAUCACCCUGUCCAGACCUGACUCUGCUUCGCUUGGGUUCGCCGAGGAGUUCGAAAGCAGAGACGAUGUUCUCGAAAGCGAGUUCAUGUACGCCAGUCGUCCCAAGCGCUCUGCCGACCCUCCCAGCGCCUCGGACCCUGACAAAUGCUCCUACACCUUCAUCGUGCCUCAGCGCAAGAACACGGGCGCCAUCUGCGUGAACUCCAAAGAGCCGGAAGCCCUGCUGGAGAACCGCGUGAACAAGCAGGAGCUGGAGCUGCUGAACGGAGAGCUGCACAAGCAGCGGCGGCAGAUCGAGACGCUGCAGCAGCUGGUGGAGGUGGACGGCGGCGUGGUCAACGAGGUCAAGCUGCUUCGCAAGGAGUCGCGCAACAUGAACGCCCGGGUCACGCAGCUCUACAUGCAGCUGCUGCACGAGAUCAUCCGCAAGAGAGACAAUGCGCUGGAGGUUUCUCAGCUGGAGAACCGCGUGCUGAAUCACACGUCAGAGAUGCAGCAGUUAACCGCACGCUAUCGGGAUCUGGAGCACAAAUACCAGCACCUUGCAUCGCUUGCCAGCAAUCAAAGCACAAUCAUAGUGCAGCUAGAAGAGCAGUGCAGGAGAGGAGGCUUUGUUGGUGUUGGUGGACGUGGUGCUGGUGUUGGUCUUGGUGCUGGUGGUGGUGGAGGAGGUGGUGUUGUUCGUCAAACACAACCUUACCAGCCACCUGCAAUCCUCCCGCAGCCUCCACAACAUCGCCAGCCACCUCCGCCUCCGGUGCACCAUACCCCCGUCAGGCCUUUCCACCCGCCAACCUACACCCGAAACAACAACCAGAUCACCAAUGAAAUCCAGAGCGACCAGAACGUCAAAGCAAUGCCACCGGCUUUACCUACGGUGCUUUCAGAAACACACAGCUCCUCCACAGAUAAACCCUCAGGGCCGUUCAAAGAUUGUUUACAGGCUCUAGAGGAAGGACACGCCAACAGCGGCAUGUUUCUGGUGAAGCCGGAGAACACCAACAAACUGAUGCAGGUCUGGUGUGACCAGAGACACGACCCCGGCGGCUGGACCGUCAUACAGCGACGCAUGGACGGAUCGGUCAACUUCUUCAGAAACUGGGAGACUUAUAAGCAAGGAUUUGGGAACAUUGAUGGUGAAUACUGGCUUGGUUUGGAGAACAUCUACUGGCUGACCAAUCAGGGCAACUAUAAGCUGCUGGUGACGCUGGAGGACUGGUCAGGGAGGAAGACGUUCGCAGAAUACGCCAGUUUCCGACUGGAGACGGAGGCGGAUUUCUACAGGCUGCGGGUGGGCCGUUAUCAUGGAAACGCCGGGGAUUCACUCACCUGGCACAAUGGGAAACAGUUCACGACGCUGGACAGAGAUCACGACGUGUACACAGGAAACUGUGCCCACUAUCAGAAGGGUGGCUGGUGGUACAACGCUUGCGCCCACUCCAACCUGAACGGCGUGUGGUACCGCGGAGGUCAUUACCGCAGCCGAUACCAGGAUGGAGUUUACUGGGCCGAGUUCCGCGGAGGAUCGUAUUCCUUGAAGAAGGUCACUAUGAUGAUCCGACCGAAUCCCAACACUUUCCAUUAGAAUACCACGUGAAGGAAAACGCAAGUCUAAUGCAUCAUAACUGUAAAAAGUGCAAUGUUAAUGUUUUUUUUUUGUUGUUAAUUAUUGAUUGUUUACUUUGUUACAAAUACAUAAUAUGCAGUCAAACAUAUGCAAAUUCAGAAAUAAGAAAGUGCAAUGACUUCAUGAAGGAGACACACAACUCCCGUCGUCUUGGGAAUCUUCCCAAUGGUGUCCCAGUGUUGUGGACACUGAAGAUCAAGUGAAAAUAUCAGAAAAACCUCAGUCUACAAACCUGGCAACUCAGGUUCCACAUGAUUUGUAAUCUGAACAACAUCAUGUGCAUCCUUACAAGUGUACUUCCAAUGGUCUGUAUGUUUAUACGACCUGAUCUUAACAGGCAUCCAGUCAACUUGUUCUCACUGUAAGAAGU